UCCUACUUCGCCAAACAGACACGUUAAAAGUUUUAUUCAAAGUUAAACAAAUUCUAAACAAUACACACACCUCUCUCUCUCUCUCUCGCUCUCUGUUUGUAAGUCCAUAUAGAUAUAUUCUAUACACUUUCUCUCUCUAGACUCCGUUGUGGGCGUGGCGUUGUUGAUAGGAAGAUCACAGGUGGGUGGCUUGGGAGAAGGUGUAGACAGUGGACUGACAUGGCUAAUAACGCUGCAUCAUGUGUCGAGAGGGCAACGAGUGACAUGCUGAUUGGUACAGACUGGGCUAUAAAUAUCGAGCUAUGUGAUAUAAUAAACAGGGAUCCUGGGCAAGCAAAGGAUGCCUUGAAGCUACUCAAGAAGCGUCUGGGGAGCAAAAAUCCUAAAAUACAGCUGCUUGCUCUUUUUGUACUAGAUACACUCGGUAAAAACUGUGGGGAGAAUAUUUUCCAGCAAAUUGUUGAGCGGGAUAUCUUACAUGAGAUGGUCAAAAUUGUAAAGAAGAAGCCUGAUUUAAAUGUGAGGGAGAAGAUAUUAAUUUCGAUAGAUACAUGGCAAGAAGCAUUGGGAGGACCUCGGGGAAGGCAUCCACAGUAUUAUGCGGCAUUUAAUGAACUGAAGGCUGCUGGAGUAGAAUUUCCUCCCAGAGAGGAAAACAGUGUACCAUUAUUCACACCUCCACAAAACCAGCCAGUAAGUCACCCUGCUUCAGCAUACGAGGAAGGUGCUAUUCAGGCCUCUCUUCAGUCUGAUGCUUCUGAACUCAGCAUGGCGGAGAUUCAUACUGCUCAGGGUCUAGCAGAUGUUUUAAUGGAAAUGCUUGGUGCCUUGGAUCCUCAGAAUCGUGAGGGAGUACAGCAAGAGGUGAUUGUUGACCUUGUUGAGCAGUGCCGCUCUUACCAAAAGCGUGUCAUGGUUCUUGUGAACAAUACUGCGGAUGAAGAGCUUCUAUGCAUGGGAUUGGCUUUGAAUGAUGAGCUUCAGCAUGUUCUUCGCUGCCAUGACAAUGUAGCAAAAGGAACCACUGCUGUUGCAGUAGGAACAGCAGAAAAUUCAGUUGCACCUGUUGUGAAUGUGAAUCAUGAGGAUGAAGAGUCCGAUGAUGAUUUUUCCCAGCUAGCACACAGGUCAUUAAGGGACACUUUGCAGGGAAGAAGACUGAAACCAGCCAAUCCUAACAACGAACCUGUGCGAAUCAACCCAAUUCUUCCUCCCCCACCCUCAUUCAAAAAGUCGACCUCAGAUGCCGGGAUGGUCGACUAUCUAAGUGGUGAUGCUUAUAAUGCUGAAAGAUCUUUCCCGAAUCAUUCAAACAACACAAAUUCUGUCCUACCGUUGUCAGCUCCAACACUAUCUUCAUCCUCUCCUCCCCCUGAUUUCAUAAACCCGACUGCGCCAAUGUUCACUGGGCAUUCCACUUACGAUCAACGAUCUCCAACGACCAAAUCAUCCGAUCGUUCACCACUAACUCCUCGUGACGUUCAGUCUCCUCUCUUGAUUCCACCCCCACCUUCCAAGUACAACCAGAGACAACAGUUCUUCGAGCAACACCAAGCUUUGUCAGGCAGUGCUUCUCCUUCGAGGCAGAUCCGGUUCCUCUCCGAUGGCUUAGUUGGGCCGAGUCAUCUCUCUCUUAACCCUUCUACCCCCACUAAACAAGAGACGCAGGAAGAUGCACUUUUCAGAGAUCUGGUUGAUUUUGCAAAAGCCAGGUCAUCUUCGUCUUCAAAACCCAAUGGGUCAUUUUGAGUGGAUGUGUAAUUAGUAUGGAGUAUAUUUGUUGUGGGUAUAGUUUUUUUGAGUAUUGUUGGUUUCAUUAGUUUUAUACCGUGAAGACUCGCCAAAUAAAUGUUGGUGGGAACUAGGGUUCUGACUUUUACAGGUUAGAUUUUAAGAGUUGGGAACUUGGGUUUCCCUUCCACCAUUGGCUUCUGGUGUAGAGGAUAUGAACUGCUUAUUGGAUUUAUAUGUAAGAGUUUGUGAAUGUAUGUAUAUUCUGUUUGAUUCUGAAUUGGUUUUUGGCUCUA